AGAUCUAGGCUGCAGAGUCUGCUCGGCGGGCGGCUUCUACCCCCACCCCGCGGUUUCCCGACGCGCCCUACCGUAGAUUUUCUGCGUGGCGACUUGGGGUCUUCUGUCCUUUGCUUCUUGUAGGAGUCGCAGUCCAAGCAGCAACAACCCCAGAAAGGACGCAGUCCCGGCAUCGGAGGCUUCAGCACCAGCACCCCAACCAUUAGGCGGCGGGAUGUCUGUGGUUGGCAUUGACCUCGGCUUUCUCAACUGCUACGUCGCUGUAGCCAGGAGUGGCGGCAUUGAGACCAUCGCCAAUGAGUACAGCGACAGGUGUACCCCAGCCUGUAUAUCAUUGGGGUCAAGAACUCGAGCCAUUGGAAAUGCGGCUAAGAGCCAGAUAGUCACGAAUGUAAGAAAUACAAUUCAUGGCUUCAAAAAGUUUCAUGGGCGAUCAUUUGAUGAUCCCAUUGUGCAAACUGAAAGAAUCAGGCUUCCCUAUGAACUGCAGAAGAUGCCUAAUGGAAGUGCAGGAGUUAAGGUGCGGUACCUAGAAGAAGAGAGACCUUUUGCAAUUGAGCAAGUUACUGGAAUGCUGUUGGCCAAGCUUAAAGAGACUUCAGAAAAUGCUUUGAAGAAACCAGUGGCUGACUGUGUGAUUUCAAUUCCUAGCUUUUUCACUGAUGCUGAGAGAAGAUCUGUGAUGGCCGCAGUCCAGGUUGCAGGCUUAAAUUGCUUAAGGCUGAUGAAUGAAACUACUGCAGUUGCACUAGCAUAUGGAAUUUAUAAACAGGAUCUUCCCCCAUUAGAUGAGAAACCAAGAAAUGUAGUAUUUAUUGAUAUGGGACAUUCUGCCUAUCAGGUCUCAGUUUCUGCUUUUAACAAAGGAAAACUAAAAGUCUUGGCUACUACCUUUGAUCCAUAUUUGGGUGGCAGGAACUUUGAUGAGGCUUUAGUAGACUACUUCUGUGAUGAGUUCAAGACCAAAUAUAAGAUAAAUGUGAAAGAAAACUCUCGGGCCUUGUUGCGUUUAUAUCAGGAAUGUGAAAAACUAAAGAAGCUAAUGAGUGCAAAUGCAUCAGAUCUGCCAUUGAACAUUGAGUGUUUCAUGAAUGACCUUGAUGUUUCUAGUAAAAUGAACAGGGCUCAAUUUGAACAAUUAUGUGCUUCCCUCUUGGCUAGGGUUGAACCACCUUUAAAAGCAGUAAUGGAACAAGCUAACUUACAAUGUGAAGACAUAAGUAGUAUAGAAGUUGUAGGAGGAGCAACACGAAUUCCUGCAGUGAAGGAACAAAUCACUAAAUUCUUUCUUAAAGACAUAAGUACCACACUAAAUGCUGAUGAAGCUGUUGCAAGAGGAUGUGCUUUACAGUGUGCAAUUCUCUCACCAGCAUUUAAAGUGCGUGAAUUUUCCAUAACAGACCUUGUCCCCUAUUCAAUCACAUUAAGGUGGAAGACCUCUUUUGAAGAUGGAACUGGGUUUGUUAUGAUAAAAUCUGGGGGGAGCUUCAUUAUUCAGAAUGUUUUUCCACAGUCUGACGGUGAUAGUUCGAAAGUGAAGGUUAAAGUUCGUGUUAACAUCCAUGGAAUCUUUAGUGUGGCUAGUGCAUCAGUCAUUGAGAAGCACAAUUUAGAAGGGGAUCACAGUGAUGCUGCUAUGGAGACAGAAGCUUCAUUUAAGAAUGAAAACAAAGAUGAGGUGGAGAAAAUGCAGGUUGACCAAGAAGAAGGCAGUCAUCAAAAAUGUCAUGCUGAACACACCCCAGAAGAGGAAAUCGAUCAUACAGGCACCAAAACAAAGUCAACUCCCUCAGACAAACAAGACCGAUUAAAUCAGAACAUUAAAAAGGGAAAAGUCAAGAGUAUUGACCUACCUAUUCAGAGUAACCUAUAUAGACAACUGGGCCAAGAUCUUCUCAACAGCUACAUUGAAAAUGAGGGGAAGAUGAUAAUGCAGGAUAAGUUAGAGAAAGAAAGAAAUGAUGCUAAGAAUGCUGUUGAAGAAUAUGUAUAUGAUUUUAGAGACAGACUGGGCACUGUCUAUGAAAAAUUCAUCACUCCAGAAGAUUUGAAUAAACUGUCUGCAAUAUUAGAUGACACAGAAAAUUGGCUUUAUGAAGAAGGAGAGGACCAACCUAAACAAGUUUAUGUGGAUAAGCUUCAAGAACUAAAGAAAUAUGGCCAGCCUAUUCAAAUGAAGUACAUGGAACAUGAAGAGAGACCAAAAGCUUUAAAUGACUUGGGAAAAAAGAUCCAGCUUAUCAUGAAAGUGAUAGAAGCAUAUAGAAACAAGGAUGAGAGAUAUGAUCAUUUGGAUCCUGCUGAAAUGGAAGAAGUUGAAAAAUACAUCAGUGAUGCCAUGAGUUGGCUGAACAGUAAGAUGAAUGCACAGAACAAACUAAGUCUCACUCAAGAUCCUGUGGUAAAAGUUUCAGAAAUAGUUACGAAGUCAAAGGAACUGGAUAAUUUCUGUAACCCCAUCAUUUACAAGCCCAAACCAAAAGUAGAAGUUGCUGAAGACAAAGCAAAAGCUAAUGGUGAGCACAAUGGGCCAGUGGAUGGACAGAGUGGAACUGAAACUAAACCAGAAACAACAAAAGACAGCUCACAGCAUACUAAAUCUUCUGGAGAGAUGGAAGUGGACUAACUCUUAAUCUUACCUUCACAUAAUUCAAACCAGUACAAGUAACCACGGGAUCCAUUCUUCUUUUACAUCUGGUACACACAACAGAUGUUCAGUUGUUCUUAACCACUUUGUCAUUUGUUUUUUGGAGUAGUUUUGGAAAGUGUUUUAUAUUGAAUGUAGCUCUGUUCAUUUCCAUUGCUGCUUAUGUGAAGCUUUAGCCGAAUAUAGAUUUACAAAUCAGUUUAAGCUUUCCUAAUGUAUUUUAUAUCAAACAUGCAGGAUUGACAUGUUGUUGGCAACAAUCUAACUUAUUUAAAGCUUCUACUUGGAUAAACCUUAGCUCCUUUAUUCAGGAAAGGAUACCGUAUUGUACUGUUGUUGCAGAAGCAUAUAUUUUUAAUUUCGUCAUUAUUUUGAAAACAAAAAUUGAAAUUGAUGUGGUUAAAGCCACUGAGGCACUGACCUUUUUCUAGUUACUGUAUUGUUAUAAUUUAAAUAUUAAAACAAAUAAGAGAGGUUCCUCGACAAAUUAGUUCAUCUCAUUAAUAUACUACGAAAACUUCAGAGCUUUCUGGUCAUCACAUGAACUAAAUCGUACAUUGAAAGGGAAAACACACAAUUUCAUGUUAAGGUGACACCAGCAGUUUGGUUCUUUUAUUAGUAAUGUAGAUUAAUAUUUUCAUAGAGUAAUUCAGUGUUUUUCUUUUUUUCACUUGAAACUUUUGAUCUACUUGUCCUGAAGAGUGGCUGCUGCUAUAAUAAUGCUAGCCUAAAAAUGUGGAAGCCUUUUGAUGAAAUUACCUUCAUGUUAAGGGGAAAGUGCUGUUGACCUACUUAAACAUGCAUCUGUGAUGUUGGUAGCCUUGUUUCAGUCUUAAUAGUCUUGCUUUUCUUCACCGAUUUUGUUAAUAAUACUUUAACACAGGUAGGGAGAAAUGGCACACUGUAUCACAUAUAUACAUUUAUCAUUGAUUUACUUAAUGUUGCAAUGUAGAUAAACACAAAUAAGCAGUAAUACUUGGAAAGGAAAACAUACCAUAAGUCUUAGGAAAUAAUGCUUGUAAUAAACUUAACUGUGUUACAUAUCAACAGGCAAAAUAUAGAAUGUUAUAUAGUGUAAUAUGAUACGAUGUGAUUAAAUUAUAGUACCUGCUCUUACAUUACCUUUUAAAA